AGGAAAAGUCAUUCAUCGCAGUUCCUUUCCAGCUACCUCCCUCAGCUAAUAGGCAUGCUCGACAGAAGCCUAUUACAGUGCUCUCAGCGACUGGAGCUGAGCGCAGGGAACUGCGAGACGGCUGCGUUUAGGCAUCUUACAGUGAUGGCCUCCGCGGCGCGGAAGAAGCGCCGAGCGUAGGAAAACCCGGGGAGAGAAGAGAGAGAAAGAGAGAGAGAUAGACGCGCCAUGUACAGUGUGGAGGACCUCCUGAUUUCCCACGGAUACAAAGCGCCCAGAAACGCCCCCUCGUCCCGCGAGCUGCAGCAGCAGCAGCAGCGGCACGCCGACCGGCGGCGCGAUGUGGCCGAGGGGCGGGCCUCCGGUCACGGGACGGCGAACGGGUACGAGACGGACGUGGGGGCCUACGUCUGCGCCCGGCAGGCGGCGGCGGCGGCGGCAGUGCGGAAGGGGUACUCCAGCGACGGCGAGUGCAGGGAGAGAGCCCAGAGGAGGAAGCCCAGCGGCGGUAACCACGGCGACGCGCAGCCCCCUGGAGAUCCGCUCACCAGGGACAGCGGAUUCUACAAUGGGGCCAGGGGAAUGUACACCCAGCCGAGGGGCGAGAGGGACGUGUCCUACUGGCGGAGGCGCGGGCAGGACUUCAGCGUGCUGCUGGAUUACGCUGACUGCAGGGAGCCCAGGGGGAGCGGCUUCGUGAGGCCCCCGGAUGGGGCACGGCGCACUCAGGAGAGACAGUACUGGGAUGAAAGGGAGAGGGACUACUGGAGGGCGACCGGGGAUAGGAGGUGCCAAAGCCUGGGGCCGGAGGGGUGGAGACCGACGGCCUCUCUGGGGCGGCAGCUGUCCGACUGCGAGGGCGAGAGGCGGGGCCAAGAGCAGCGCCACCUCGGCACUCCGGAGGGCCCCGUUGACCCCCGGACCAAGGGGAAGUCCCUGUCCCUGCCCAGGGUGCUGUCGCCAGAGAGCCUACAGUACGUGGACGUGUCCGCAGUCGGGCAGAGCGUGUUCGCCGGUCAGAGGCUCAAUGGCAGCCUCCCUCACGGGCCUCCUGGGAGAUACCAUGGCGAGAGCGGCAGCCGGGGGUGGUGGGGGGAGAACGGCUGGCCGGUCGCCCCUGGCAGUCAUGGCGCACCUUUGCCGAAACCUAGGUUCAGCAGGCCCCUCAAGCCCCCAUCCUACGAGGCCCACCAGCAGACGUGGGGCAGCUCAGAAAUGCUGGCCGGGGAUCACGGGCUCCAGCCACAAGACAGGUCCCCAUACGCCCCCAGGCAGGACUACUUCGCGCACGAGCCUGCAGGGUCCAGCGUGGAGCCCCCGGUGUACAUACCCCCGCCGUCGUACGAGAGACCUCUGCUGCAGAGGGCCCCCCAAAAGAACUAUGCCGACAUGUCAGACUACAGGCUGAAAGGGGUGCCAUUUCAGCAGGUCCCCCGAAGCGUGGAGUCCAGCAAGUGGUUUUCCAGACCGGCGGGGUGCACCUGGACGGAACACCAGAGGGACAGACAUGUACCCCGCAGGAGACCGGCGCAUCCGGGACUCUUGCCGGACGGCCAGGGGUGGGUGCAGUACCUGCCCUUCGACGACCCGCGCGUGAGACACAUCUCGGGAGGCGCCCUGACAGACGCCGACAAAAUCAGACACAUCAGCCAAGAGCUUCCAGAUGCUAAAGUGUUGGAACAUUCUACAGACGACAGUGCCUUUCCCCCUGCAGAGGCACCAUGUGUCGAUACAGAGCCGAGCAAAAGGUCUCUGAAUGAACCUGACGACGGCAAUAGAGGGUACAGCAGUUUGCACAAAGACAGUGACGGCUCCGUAGCCUCUGACCAAAGUGGUAACGUUCCACAGCUUCGGAAGGACCUGCCUCACAUGGUUUCGCAGACUAGACCAACUGGGCAGAGCCCAAAUUCGGGCCAAGGCUUCUCUGAAACCGUGACGCAGGUGAAAAAAAUCGAGCCCAGUAUGGACGGAGACGGGAAGAAGAGCUCAAAGAGGAGACUCAACGAAACCAUAUUCUGCCUGGUGUCCGUACCCCUUCACCUACAGCCAAACGGGGACAGCUUCGACCAGAACAACAACGAGAAACCGCCAGGUGCAGAGGAAACUUCUGCUGGAAGUAACGCCGCCGACCUGCCGAGCCAGCAGCCUCUGAACGCGUCCCUGGCUGAUUUGGAGCUGGAGACGCUCACCAGGGAUGCGACGAAUGGGAGGGACCCGAAAAAGGCCGCGCCCACGACGGUGAGGGAAGAAUUGCAGCCCCUCCGGCUGAACGACCAACAGGAGCUGCACUCCCCUGGGGCCUGGCCUGGGGACCAGUACAGAGACCGGGAGACACAGACAAGCUGCCCCGAGGGAACCAAGGGCACCCCACAGGGCCUACCAGAUCCGCAAGCAUUAGAACAGGGCCGUUCUGCCCCCGACACCACCACAGACAGUGGCGCAGGCGCCGACUGCAGCACCUAUGGAUAUCCCAUCAAGGGGCAAAAGAAGCUGCACCCAUCCAGCAACAGCGCUUUCUCCAGGACGGCAAUCUUCUCCAGCCAGCUUAAGAAGAGCGCAGCUCAGCCGCCGCCCUCGGGAAAACCAGAGGAGGUGGCCUACGUCUCGGCUCGGAGAAGCGAGAGCAGACCGCCGCCCAUUAAUGCUCCAGAGGCUUUCGGGCAGUUCCUGCUGAAGCCGGUUAGCCGACGCCCCUGGGACGCCAUUGAGGAGCUGGAAUCGUUCAACAAGGAGCUCCAGGCCCAGAUCGGCAAGCGUUCCAGCGUGGACCAGUGCAUCGAGGACCUGGACAAGGCCUACCUGGACAUUCUGGAGUUGGGCGCUGCAGUCGGGAACGACGAGAGCCCCAAGACGCGAGAUUCAGACUACAACAGGGAGAGCAGGCAUGCAGCAGAAGAGCCCACCAGAAAGCCUGACAAAGCCCAUUGUGCUUUCGAGGGCUGGGCCGUGGGGGCAGACCCCGACCGCGGGGAGGUGAAGAGCACAUUCUCCAGGCCGCCAGGAAGGACGGUGAGCCUCGGCAAGCAGCCGAAUGAGCCCAGCUUCAGAGACUACAGCCUCCAGUCUCAAAUCCCGCAAGGAUCAGCGGGUGACUACGGGGCCUCGAAGACGGACAUCCCCGUCCUGAAAGAGUCUCUGCUGAGAGAUGUGGGGCUGACAGUGUACACCGAAACACCAGGGGGCACCAGACACCCAAUGCAGGAUGCCUCCACGCUCACCAGCCCCCCCAACUAUGAGGACGUGUGCCACGCUUUACAGCUGUCCCGAGAGAGAGCGGCUCCGGACGAGCACAAAUCAGAAAACGUCGGCACGGCUUCUCACAGCUCGUUUAGGACUUUUGGCCUCAGCACAGCAUCCAGACAGGAAGUUUCCAGCUCUAGAGUAGACACUGAAAGAAAGGUAAAGAAAGAGAACUUGGUAUGCAGACCCAGCGAGGAAACAAGCACAGAUGCUCCUCCUUCCAAAAGUCAAAACAGCAGGUUCUGGAUCAGAGGGGUUCAUAGUGUUGCCAGUGCCGAUGAAGGUAUGAACAGGUCAGCCUCCGAUGAGGAUGACGAGCCUGAUCACUUCGAUUGGAGGAAGCAGCUGCCGUUGGCGGAGAAGGAUUUGGAAGCUCUGCUGAUCAAUGAGAAGGCCAACAGCCUGCCCCCGGAGGACCUGAGCAAUCUGUACGAGGUGAAGUGUGCCGAGGGGAUCCCAGAGAAGGAGUCGAUCGAGGAGAGGGCGGCCAGGAUUCUGGGAAUAGAGGUGCCUCCCGAGUCCCUUGCCGUGGGCGACCAGAAAGCAGGGAGCGAUGGAGGCACAGAGCCUGACGAAGCCAUUGAAAGCGAUCCCGGGAGGACUGAAGAACCUCCAGAGAGUAGCGUUGAAGGAGAGAUAUCGCAAGUGCAAAGCCGGUAUGAAGAAGUGAGUGGGGAGUCCAUAUAUCAGAAUGGACCUGAGCAAGAGGCGGAGGAAGAGGUGAUGGAAUCUGGAGGGGACAGUGGCCUCAGUGGGGUGAUGGAGGGGAACGAUGCGGAGCAGCAGGUAGAGCAAGACCCAGUCCAGCCCGAGGUUCUGCCCGAUGAACCACUUCUGCCUGUGCCCACUACUGCCAACGAGCUCUCCCUGAGCGGUGAUGAAAACGGGCACAACGACCCCCAGGUGGUCGAGGCCCCACAGGACGAGACAGCUGCCUCACCCUGUCAGGUAGAGGUGGAGCACCCCAUCAAGGUAACAGAGGUGGAGCCCGAAUGCCACACAAUACACUUUGGUGCCCAGAGCUUCGACCUAGAGGAGGAAGUCGAGGGGGAAGGCGAGGGAGAGGUGGGGAGGGAUGCCGAGGGUGAGGCGACACCAGAGCGGCAGCCUAGCCCCAUCCACACCCUCUCAUUGGCCGCCCAGCCACCGCCUCGCAACGCCACUGUGGCUAAAAGGGAGAUCACCCUACCCCCUGACUUCAGUGACUCCUCACUAGAGGCGGACCUACUGGACGAGGAGGUCCCGCCCUUUUCAGAUUCCUACGACCCCAGCCGAGUUGAAAGAGUUUAGAAAGAGAUGUCGUCUCCAUUGAGAGACUCAGUUGGGACACUGUGACCUGGCCACCCACUACAGAUGCCUUCAUCUCAUCCCACAGCACAGAAAUGGCCUUUUGCUUUGACGCGAGCAUUGUUUAGGCGGUCACCUCCGCCGUCCUACUGAAAGCGCUGUUCCACUGCCAGCGGGGCGGGGCCCACCAGAGGGGGCGUGGCCAAUCAGGGGAGGGGCAGGAGGGUACAGCUCUCCUCUUUUUCAUCACACCUCGUCUUCCUCUUCCCCCCCCCCACAGCGUUUCACCGACGGACGCUAUGCAACCCUGCACCGCGCGCCUACCUUUCAGACAUCAUUAAUCCCACGCCUAUUCGGUUUUGCCUGGAGGACAGCCAUUGUAAUCUGAAUGUAAAUGAUGGGGUUUUGCAAACAACUGACGCAAGAGUCAAAAGAAUGACACAAACCAUGCGAUUGCAGUCAUCACCCGAGUCACCUGCCCCUGAAGAACACGGUACAGGGGUCUGAAGUGUUGAAGGGGACUUUAAAAUCGUAAUCUGAGGCAUUGUAUAUAUUUUAGACACUUUAAGAGCCAUCAGCCAUUGAACUCAAUAAAAACAGGUAUGCGUUGCACUAUUACCUAUAACGGUAAUAAUCGGACAACUUUCCACAUUUUCAGAAUUAAGCUGUUAUUUGUACAUUUGGAGGGUAGUUCUUUUUGUAGGUGGAAAGUGUCAGGUUGCAUCAGGUAAGGAACACUUUGGUUAUUUUGUCAGUGCAAGACAGAGCAAUAUCAUUCUAUAUUUGUAAGGAUGGGGGAUGGUGCGGAUUGGAGGCAGGAAUUGAUGUUUAAUUUGUCCUUGCUUUAAAUCUCUGCCAGGAGAAACCGUGUGCAUCCUUUUAUUCAAUCAAACCGGC